AUGGAGUUAUCGGUUGAGGCUAUCUGGGCUGGCUGUUUCAACAUCUCACCUACACUGCAGAACGACUUUGAGCGGAAUGGGCGUCCGGCGGUGCAGAGGAUGAUGGCAUUGCCUCCUCCAUUUGACGUCGAUGCCUUGUCAGUGUUGCUGACUAGGUAA